UAUUAUGCCAAUAAAAUUAGGUUUUCAAAAAUUUAACGACCCACUGUGCAGUCUCCUUACACAGCCCCGCCGUCAAACAAGCCUCUCAGCAGCCCUUUCUUCCUCUUCUCCUCCUUCUCUUCUCCCCUUCUCCGGUCCCUGAGCAGGCCAGGCCAGUAAUUCAAAUAAGAUCUUGAGGAUGUAUACAUCAAUGAUGAAGAUCCACAAGGAUAAGGAUGUUGAACCAACUGAAUUUGAGGAGUCGGUUGCCCAGGCAUUCUUCGAUUUGGAGAAUACCAACCAGGACCUGAAAAGUGACCUCAAAGAUCUCUACAUUAAUUCAGCAGUCCAAAUUGAUGUUUCCGGGAGCCGGAAAGCUGUUGUUAUCCAUGUUCCCUACAGAUUAAGGAAAGCUUUUCGCAAGGUUCAUGUUAAGCUUGUGAGGGAACUUGAAAAGAAGUUCAGUGGCAAGGAUGUGAUUCUCAUUGCCACUCGGAGGAUACUGAGGCCUCCAAAGAAAGGUUCUGCUGUUCAGAGGCCGCGUAGCCGCACAUUGACCGCUGUACAUGAGGCAAUGCUAGAAGAUAUCGUCUUACCUGCUGAGAUUGUUGGAAAGCGUACUAGAUAUAGAAUCGAUGGAUCAAAGAUAAUGAAGGUCUUUUUGGACCCAAAGGAAAGGAACAACACUGAGUAUAAGCUCGAGACGUUUUCUGCGGUUUACCGGAAGCUUGCUGGAAAGGAUGUUGUGUUUGAGUUCCCAGUUACAGAGGCAUAGAUAAGUAUUUUGUGUGUGUGUGUGUGUGUGUUUUAAGUGUUUUGACACCUUUCUGUCCUGGAAACUGCUUUUUAUGGAGGUAUUUAAAAUUUUGAGAUUUAGGAGUUGUUAAGGAAGCAGAGAAAUGAUGGAUGGAUUUGUUUUGAUUAUGUGGUAUUGCUUCUAAUGGUGUAAGAUUGAGUUUUAGAAAUGUUUUGUUAAUUUGGUUCUCA